AUGACUCUUGCCGACCACGCACAAAAGCUUACCAGCACCCUGGAGCAAGCCAAGCUCGUCCCCGGGUCCGCGGCGGCGCUCAUCCCGGAAGGCUUCAAGCCUACGAUCAAGCUCGGGGUGUCGUUUGCUGGCAAGGCCGUUGAGACGGGCAACUUCUUCCGCGCCGGGGAGUGCAAGCUCGCGCCCAGCGUCGCCUUCGAGGCUGAGGAGGGCGCUCCGUCGAACGCUUCCUACACGCUGUUCUUGACCGACCCGGACGCGCCAACACCGGACAACCCGCAGUUCGCCUUCUGGCGCCACUGGGUCCUCCCCGGACUGCAGCCGCUGAGCGGAGAAGCGGUCGUCGGGCAGACGAAACCGGCGUUGACGGAGUUCCUUGGACCCGGGCCGAAGGAUGAUUCGAAGCCCCACCGAUACCUGUUCUUGCUCUACCGUGAGCCUGAGGGCCUUGACCUGAAGAAGGACGAUGUUGGCGGAGAGGAGUUUGUGCAGAGGCGGUCAUGGAAGCCGGCUGAGUUUGCUGAGAAGCACGGGUUGAAGCUUGUCGGAGUCAACUGGAUGACUUGCGCUGGAGAUGGCUGGACUGAGUAA